AUGCAGAAGUACUUCCGUCAUUGCGAACAUGCGUUUUCGCCCAGAGCUCAAAGCAGUCGACAGAAGCUGCUCAUGGCCUUCGCGCACUGGUUUGAGCAAGACUGGGGCAAGAAUGUGUCUGCACCGUACCACUCUCCCGAGGACGUGCUGCGGGCAGUGCAGCAGCUGAACCCCACCUUUCAGGGCUAUGCGCAGCAAGACUCCCAGGAGUUCCUCCGGUGCGUUCUGGACAACAUCCAUGAAGAGCUAAGGAGGAAGGUGCCCGACGAGCCCUACGGAACUCAAGCGCACUCAAGCGAGAAUGGCACGGCCUCAGCAAGUGAAGCUGGGGAGACCCACGUGCAAAAGCUGAGUUCAGGAGCAGAGACACCUUCGACGACGGACUUUCCCGCAUCUGGAGGUUCUUCGGCCGCGCAGCAGCUCAUUCAGUUCUGCCAAGGGCCAGAGAGCAGCACAGACAUGGGAGAGAUCAGGUUAUCCUCCACUUGCUCUGAAUCCAGGUCCUCUGAUAAGGUGGACGGAUUGUCUGCCUCUGGCCAAUCCAGCUUGCAUCGCAACCACUCGCAAGGCGGAGCAGAGAGCUCCUCCCAAACAGAGCCAAAGACUCACUUCGAAUCAAUAAUCUCUGAGCUUUUCCAGGGCAAGAUUGUAUCUUGUGUCCGAUGUCUUGAAUGCAAGCAGAUAUCAAGGACGUCAGAAGCCGUCUACGAUGUCUCUGUACCAAUACCGAACGCAAAUGAAACAGCGGCUUCCGCCAGCGAUGGUUCGCCACUGUCUUCUGUCAGUUCAUCACCCAGCCUGCAAAGACAAGGGUCCGGUGGGUUGCGGAGCUCGUCCUGGUCGGGUGUUCUGAACUCUGUCGGUGGCAAGGUGAAAAGCUGGUUCUACGACAAAGGCGUCCAUUUGACAGACUGUCUUCGGAGAUAUUGUGCGCCAGAAUACCUUGGCGGCAAGGACCAGUACUUCUGCGAGCGAUGCAAGCGAAAAAACGACUGCGAAAAGCGCAUGGUCUUUAAGGAGCUUCCUGAGGUUCUCUGCAUUCAUCUCAAGCGCUUCAGAUUUGAUAAUGCUUACGGCUGGUUCAAUGGUGCCAAGAACUCUCGAGUGGUGACCUUCCCUGUGACAUCUCACUUGGACAUGUCGCCCUUCAUGGAGGAGGUGCCAGCCCAGCCAAUUGAGUACAGGCUGAUCGGCCUGAUUCAGCACAUUGGCUCCAUGGGUGGUGGUCACUACAUCUCUUAUUGCCAGCACAAGAGGAAACCUCAGGACUGGUACGAGUUCGACGAUGUCCAGGUAACUUGCGUGACCUCUGAGCAGGUUGAGCGGGCAGAGCCUUAUGUUCUGUUUUACCAGCGAGUGCCAUCCAAAGCAGCCAAACGUGACAGACAAACCUUCAAGCAUGAUAUGCGCUGUAUCCAGGAGCAGGUGAAUCACUACUUGAUUUCCCAAUCGACAAGCUCUUCCUCCAGGCCUGGCAGAUCCAGCGAGGAUGGCCGGGCUUUGGACACUGGGCCGCAGGCGCUGCAGGCGGUCGCGGAAGAAAUCCGAAAUCAAGGUCCUGCUGUGCGGAACCUUUUUCGGUUUCCUCCCCCAGAGCUGGACAUGGCUUUCGUGUCCAAGCACUGGUACGUUCGCCUGACAACAAUGAGCCACCCUGGUCCUAUAGACAACUACGAGUACCUGUGUCCACACGGACUGCUGGGCUACUCAUCAGCCGAAAUGGCUGCAGAGCCUUUUGUCCCCAUCUCCAGAAAGCUUUCGCAGUCACUGAUAGGCAAAUACCGGGGUGGUCCGGAAAUCUCAGCCCUGGAUGUGUGCAGCAGGUGUCAGACACACAUUGCUGCAUACAACCAGAGAAAGCAAGCUGAGUUUGAUCUGGUGUCAAAGUACGACACGAAGGACACUGGAGAUGGGCAGGGCUGGUACCUUGUCAACGCGCUUUGGGUGAAUAACUGGAAGCGCUAUGUCAAGGGCGAGCCAGUGCACAGUGUGCAGGAUAUGUGUGCCCCUGGGCCAAUAACGAAUGAGCAUCUCUUCGACAAGAACGAUCCGCAGAAGCUCCGGAAAAAUCUGAGGCUGAAGCUGGACUACAUCGGAGUAAAUGCUCGCGUUUGGUGGCUCUUCAUGCACGUGCACGGCGGUGGUCCAGCCAUUGUCCGGGACGAGCUGGAGAUCUACUCGAAGGAGCUGCCAGUAGAAGCUGACCUAGUGCCUGAAGAGCUGUGCCCGCAAGGUGAUGAUUUCGCCGUGCGGGCCUCCAAGUACCUGGUGGACGAGUGCCAUGGCGACCUGGAGCUCUACAGACGCAAGUAUGGAGGAGCUGCUAGCGGUAGCGGUCCCAGUAAUUCUGCACCGGAAGCCGAAGCAGGGAAGAACGCAGAAGCCAGACACGAGUCGCCCUCGCAAUCACCCUCGCGGGAUUUGUCCGAGGAAGUGGCAAGGCUGGCCACUGGUGCGGAGGGUGAAGAGCUCCGGCCGCCGGAGCCCAGCCUCGAUCCGCACGUUGAAGGUGUUCCAGUCAACUGA